GCGACGCAGCGGAAGGCUCUCAUUGUCCUCCCUGCGCCGCUGUCAGCAUGGAGACUUGCAGCCUCCUCCUUCGUACCGCAUGACUCUACGACGCGUGACGUCAUGAAGCUACCGCCCGGCCACCACCGCGCUCUCCAGUCCACAACACAGCGCAAGCACAGAAUACAGCUUUGAAAGUAGUGACGUGUCUAUGCUGCAUUGCUGCUCCGUGAAGGCGGCCCAUCCUCUGAUGACCCUCCUGACUGCAGUGACUGAGGUACAAUCUGCAGAAAGAUUCCGAUAGAGAAUUGGCUUGGAGUUACGGUUAUCCCAACAUGCAUAAUACACAACAGGAUUAUACUUUACAUCAAGCAGCAAAUAAACAGGGCACAUAUUACAAUAUAGUAAGGAAAGAUACAAUGACCGGAGAGUGGAUGUAUGGAAAUGAUUUGCAUCCUGGAAGUGCUAUUAAUGUCACAACAAAUGGCAACACCUGUAUUCUUUUUGGAGUCAGGAGAAUAAUAAUCAGAUUCAAGAAUCAAACUCAGUUGGAUCUGACAAAUACAAAUUCCAGUCUGCAUAACACUGUGGAUAUGGAGGAAUCAAACUGCAAUGAAGAAAACUCCACACUUUCUUUAACCUUUCUCAAAGUUGGAAAUAUAAGAAGCCUUUCUGUAAGAUUUUUAUUAGUAAAAAGUUACUACAAACUUUCAGUUCAAAACUGGUAUAAACUGCAAAGCGUCCAGAUCCUGUUCAACCAUUCUGUACAAGCAACAUUCAAUACCACAAGAAUAUUUGCCCCGAUCAGCUAUUCCUACCACUGUCAGCACGUCAGCAGUCUGCAGAAAUACGAUGCAUUGCUAGUCCCCAGCUCUGCGGAUGACAGAUCUAGACUGUGGGAUGUCACUUUCCUGGAUUUUCAGAUACAAGGAUUUAACAUAGAAGACGGAGAGUUUUCAUAUGCCAAAGACUGUUCAACCUACUUUUCACCAGCCAUUCUUAUGGGUCUUGUAAUGUCACUCAUUUUGCUAUUAGUCCUGGCCUAUGCCCUCCAUAUGCUGAUCCAUCUGAAAUCGAUGGACAGACACUAUCAGAGGAAAUGUUCUGCCACCUACUUUCCUAAGACAAAAGACAGUUACUUGGAAGAUGAGAGGGAGCCCCUCCGAGGCAGCGGGCUAGAGUUCUAUGAACUACGACAGCCAGAGUACUGUAGACUAAGCAUUCAGCAGUGUGCAUCUGUUUCUCAUUAGCUGCAUAAUUGACCAUUGUUUCCCUUUGUGUAUUUCUGUAAUUUUGAUUUCACAUUAAACACAGUUUCCAAGAAAUUACUCCCCAGAUAAAGACAUUGUAAAAUAAACUCUUGUGCAACACA